GUCUUCUCCAUCACCGCCCGUACUAUUCCCAGUUUCUUCAUUCACACAGACACAAUUUACCUUCGUAUAAAUUUCGGCAGUGUUGACGGCCAUGGCUUCAAACCUGAACCCCGCCUACGCUUACACAGUUGUGUACGUCAAAGACGUCGCCGAAUCCGUGGCCUUCUACGCCAAAGCCUUCGGUUACCAUGUUCGCCGCCUGGACAAAUCUCACAGAUGGGGAGAGUUGGAUAGCGGGAAUACGACUAUAGCUUUCACGCCUGAGCACCAGAGGGAGACUGACGAAAAGUCUGGUUCAGUUCAAAAACCGGUUGGUUUGGAUGCGAGGCAGCCGGUCGAGAUCUGUUUCGCCUUCGCCGACGUGGACGCUGCCUACAAGACGGCGGUGGAGAGCGGAGCAGCUCCGGUGAGCCCGCCGGAGGACAAGGAGUGGGGCCAGAGGGUCGGCUACGUUCGAGAUAUUGAUGGCAUUGUGGUGCGCCUCGGCAGCCACGUUAAAGAGCCCGGCUCUUCUCAUUAAUUUAACUCGGAGCAAGCUUAUGUUUAUGGAAUAAGAGGUUUUGAUUAUACAAAGUUUUUGGUCGGAUCUUAAUCUUAUUACGUUUAAUCAAUUAAAUAAAGCUCUUGUUUUUCCUUCA